AUGGGGAAGUUCGCCGUGUUGCUCGCCCUAUGCUUGGGCGCCAUGUCCUUGAUCGGCGCCGAGGCUCAGCAAUGCGGCAGGCAGGCCGGAGGCGCACUGUGCGCGGGCGGCCUGUGCUGUAGCCAGUUCGGCUGGUGUGGAAACACCGCAGCGUACUGCGACCGAGCACAGGGAUGCCAAAGCCAGUGCUCGGGAGGACCGACCCCCACCCCUUCUACGCCUACCCCCACCACAGGCAUUUCCUCGAUCGUCAGCCAGGCCCUAUUCGAGCAAAUGCUGCUGCACCGCAACGAUGCUGCUUGCCCCGCAAGGAACUUCUACACUUACAGCGCCUUCAUCACCGCGGCGAACUCUUUCCCCGCCUUCGGAACGACGGGGGACCUCACCACCCGCAAGAGGGAGAUCGCCGCCUUCUUCGGACAGACCUCUCAUGAAACUACCGGUGAGUCGAAGUGGACGGAUGAUUGACUGAUAGUGACCGGCCGAAGUGGAAGACGGAUUUUCGUCGUAAAACAGCUGUUAACCACGGUUUCUUGGAUACAGGUGGGUGGCCGACGGCGCCGGACGGUCCCUACUCCUGGGGAUACUGCUUCAAGGAGGAGCAAGGAAACCCGGGAGCUUACUGCACCCCAAGCUCACAGUGGCCCUGCGCACCUGGGAAGAAGUACUACGGCAGAGGACCGAUUCAGAUCACACAGUGAGUUUAAUUGCUGCCAGGGAUCACGCUGGUCGUCAUUUCCCCGUUUACGUACCCUGAGUUUUCGCUUUGAUUCCUUCUUACGGUGUGUUUAAUCAAUUUCAGUAACUACAACUACGGCCCAGCCGGUCAAGCAAUCGGAGCGGGCCUCCUCAACAACCCUGACCUGGUGGCCUCCGACGCCGUCAUCUCCUUCAAGACGGCCCUAUGGUUCUGGAUGACCCCGCAGUCCCCGAAGCCGUCGUCCCACGACGUCAUCACCGGAAGAUGGACGCCGAGCGCCGCCGAUGUUGCCGCUGGACGGCAACCCGGCUACGGCGUGAUCACCAACAUCAUCAAUGGGGGGCUAGAGUGCGGCCGUGGACCCGACGGCCGGGUGGCGGAUCGAAUUGGGUUCUACAACCGAUACUGCAACAUCUUGGGUGUUAGUCCCGGCGCUAAUCUCGACUGCUACAACCAGAGGCCGUUUGCUUGA